GUAUCUGUGUAGUAGUGUUUGUGAAUUGAAAUGAUGUUUGUUCUAAAGUAUCUUAUCUUUGUGUUUACUGUAAAUUUUAUGCUGAAAGACAUAUCGUCAAUACCAGGACACAGUUUUUGGAAAAUUAAAGAAUUGGUGGAAAAUCAGCGGGAAAAUUCAGCCAUACAUGACUACAGAAGGUUAUAUGGCAGUGGUCAGACUGUAGAAGAGGUUCUAUUGACACAACCACUGGAUCACUUUGAUGCCUAUUCCUCUGAAACAUACAAACAGAAAAUCUAUAUCAAUGUAGAGAACUGGAACAAACCCAAUGGUCCUAUUUUCCUGUUCAUAGGAGGAGAGGGAGCACUUUCAAACAGAUCUGCUUAUGCUGGUCACCAUGUUGAGAUGGCCAAGCUCUUUGGAGGCAUGGUUGUGGCUGCUGAACACCGUUUCUAUGGUGACAGCAUCAACGAUGAUGGUUUACAUCUAGAUCAACUUCAACACUUGUCCAGUCAACAAGGACUAGCUGAUUUGACAAAAGUCCAUAAUUACAUCACUACAAGGUACGAGUUAAUAGAUAAUAAGUGGAUCUGUUUUGGUGGAAGCUAUCCUGGAGCAUUAUCUGCAUGGUUCCGCUUGAAGUAUCCACAUCUGGUGUUUGGAGCAGUGGCCUCUUCAGCUCCUGUACAAGCUCAGACUGACUUUCAAGGUUAUAAUGAGGUGGUUGCUCAAAGCUUAGCAGAUCCAACAGUGGGAGGAAGUAAGCAGUGUACUGCACAAGUAGCUGAGGCCUUCCAAAAAAUAGACAGCAUGGUCAGUGGCCACCAAACCAAAGAGCUUGCAAAGGAUUUUCUGUCCUGUGGCUCCCUUUCUGAGUCAAAUGACCAGAUGGUCUUUGUCAACAACUUAGCAGGAAUUUUUAUGGGAGUAGUGCAAUACAAUAAUGAAGUUCCUGGGCUGAAUAUCAAGAAACUUUGCAACAUUAUGACAGAGUCAGGAGACUCCUAUGGCAAUCUACAGAAAAUAAAUCAGAUGAUGAUGAAGACAACCAAUCAGAGUUGUGUUGACAAUACAUACUCCACUUUCCUGUCAGGUUUUACUAAUCAGACAGUAGACAGGCAUGCAGUGGGGCCUGGCAUACGACAGUGGGUCUGGCAGACAUGCUCACAGUUUGGCUAUUAUCAGACUUGUGAAAAGGAAACUACCUGUCCUUUCUCCAGACUUCUGACCCUGGAAUCAAACCUUGUCAUAUGUAAAGAGGUGUACAAGAUCUCUGAGAACAUGGUGCCUAAAUUUGUACAGUUCACCAAUGACUAUUAUGGCGCUAACCAUCCAAAAGGCACCAGAAUUAUUUUUGUCAAUGGCUCCAUAGAUCCUUGGCACUUCCUGAGUGUCCUUAAGUCAGACCAGGUCUCUGGAGAGGUUGCUGUCUUCAUCAAUGGAACUGCCCACUGUGCUGACAUGGCAACCCACAAAUCUACAGAUCCACAGCCUCUCAAAGAGGCCAGACUUGUGAUACAAAAAGAGAUUGCAUCUUGGCUGAAAGAAACUUAAGGAUGUUCUGCUUUUUGAAUUGUCUUUCUUGUGUAGUCCCAACGAAUCAUAUAUGUGCCAAGAUCCGCUUUUUAUAAUGUGCAGUUGAACUUCAGUAACUAAAAUCCCAUUAAAAUUGAAUAAUAGAGAAAUAUUGAAGUGAUUGUCAAAGUAAAUAUGUGAGCUUAUUUAAAUUGUUCCCUAGUCACAAAUUGAAACAUAAAUAUCUCAAAAUUUUGUUUAGAUAUGAUGUUUGUACAUUUUUUAAUAUCCUUUACAGCUAUUACUGGUAAUUAAUAUGUUUCUCA